CGACACCUUUGCGAAAGAACCACGUCGACACAACAUCUUUGACCAUGGGUGGGAGGAACGUCCUGAGGUCAGCAGGCGCUGCCAUUUGCAAUGCAGCUGGAUUCUGCGUGGGUGCGUGUAUAGUCAUACUCGUUCUUGGCUUUAUCGCCGUGAGAGACUCGCUGGAACGUCGAAAGAGAAAAAAGCAACACUGCGAUCGCUUUCAGAAGCGAUGCGAAGAGUUAGCUAUUGUGCCCCCGUUACUCCAGCCUCGGCCACCGAGGAAGCGCAGAUUGACAUCGCCGUUGGUGGACGAAGCAGCCGGAGAUCAGCAAACCGACGCCCAAUCUGACUCGAUUUUCUUUUGUAGCUUAAGUUUAGAGCUACGCAUAAUCGUCUACGAGAUGGUGUUAACUGGCAGAAUAUUCCACGUCGAAAUCGAGAACGAGGAUCUCGACCCUCGCAUGUCCGCAUUCGAGUGCAGGAAACUCCGCAAUCCUGUUUCCCACAGUCAUCCAUGCUGGACGCAUGACCACGAAGCCAAAGAGUCAAUCAAAAUCCUUUACUCCAAUACGUUCGACUUUCGGGAUCGAAGAGAAUUUCUCAAAAUACCUCGCGUACUCAUACCAGCAAGAUUCAACGCCAUACGCUCUUUGAAGCUCGCCUACUGCAUGGAUGCGGACCGUACCUUUGGCGGUCAAUGGGACUUCCCAUUUCCGCUUUGGGAAGUCCUUGCAUCGAUGGAGGGACUUCGAUUCGUUCACGUUACGUUCUUCAUUUCUAUAUCUCACAAAGCAUACUGGCUACGGUUUCAAGACCACUAUCUGCAGCCUUUGCGAGACGCGGGCAUUCGUGCAUAUGUAACAUUGGUCAUGCCGUUUCCUGAUUGCCCCCCUGCAAAUAUGGACACUUCCAACUUUAAGAUCGUCAUCCCCAAGAGCUCUAUGGUGGGAUUUGGAGGACUUAAAACGCCAUUGCUCGGCAGCUUCAUAUAGACGAAUCCUGGUGUACGCUUAGAAUGUCCGCUAGUAAGGCAUCGUUGCUGAAGACUUCGACACUGAUCAUGUCACUUCAUCGAUGACAGUACACAAGCAUCAUUGUUCAAACCUCAACCUGCAACAAAGUUCGAAUUGCUAUGAGUCAAGAAAAG